UGACUUCUCAGAGGAGAAGAACAAAACGACCUGCAAUCAGGUCUAGCCAUACGAGUUUUAUUGUUGACUUGACAAACGACUGACUUCUUGAAUUCAACCAAAAAACAAAACGUAGAAAGUGUGAUUUUUCAACAUCCCACUGGUGUCCACCUCCAAAUAAUCGCAGCCUGCUAGUACAUUUUUGGGUGACUCAUUUUAUCAAACAAUUCAGAGAGCUUGUUACAGAGUCUAUGCCUUCCAAAAAGAUUCACAAAGCAUGAACAUCCUAGUCUAAAGGAGAAUUGCAGGAGAGAAGCUGAGCAUAGCAAAGCAAGACACCCCACUCUGAAUAAACAAAUUCGGACAACAAUUUCAUAUGCAAACCCAUUUCCUAAUUGUCGAGGUAUGAGUUCAGACAUGUCAAAAUCCAUGGUAGAGCGUGUAAUUGAAGUAGACAAGAGAUGGUCUGUGUACAUUCACAGUUUGAGAGUACCGAGGGUGUUUCUGAAAGCCCUUGAGAUUUCUGGAGACGGGUUGCUGUGGAUCCCUGUAACUGCUGCCCUCUGGCUCGCUCCAUUUUCUUCCCCUGCAAUUCCCAAAAUCAGGGCUGUGGUUAUAUUGAUAAUGGUGUGGUCCAUAGCCACUUCCACUUCAAGAAUUUUGUUGGGUAGGCAUUAUGUGCUUGAUGUUAUGGCAGGUGGAUUUUUGGGGAUUCUGGAAGCUUUUGUUGUUCAUAACUUGCUCUCUGUUUCUGAAAGGGUUUCAGAAAUGUCACAUUUGUGGGUUGUGGGUAAUGCUUGUAGACAUCAGACAUAUCUGCCUUAUUCUUUCUGUAGGGACCUCAAUGCAGGAAUUUGAUGUCUUCUCUGGUUUGAAACUGGAGCAUAAAAUCUCUGGACUUCAAACAUAUUUGUGUUUAUUUUCCUGUAAUGACUUAAAAGGCAGGAAUUUGAUUUCUUCUCUGGUUUGAAUUUGGAGAAUAAAAUCUGUAGACAUCAAAGGUAUUUGCCUUUUUCUUUCUAUAAGAGCAUUAAUACAAGGACUUGAUUUCUUUUGUUUAAA